CCAAAUGGGAGGGGGAGACGCAAGAUGGCGGCAGCCGCGAACUCUGGCUCCAGCCUCCCGCUGUUCGACUGCCCGACCUGGGCAGGUAAACCCCCACCUGGUUUACAUCUGGAUGUAGUCAAAGGAGACAAACUAAUUGAGAAACUGAUUAUUGAUGAGAAGAAGUAUUACUUAUUUGGGAGAAACCCUGAUUUGUGUGACUUUACCAUUGACCACCAGUCUUGCUCUCGGGUCCACGCUGCCUUGGUCUACCACAAGCAUCUGAAGAGAGUUUUCCUAAUAGAUCUCAACAGUACACACGGCACUUUCUUGGGUCACAUUCGGUUGGAACCUCACAAGCCUCAGCAAAUUCCCAUCGAUUCCACAGUCUCAUUUGGCGCAUCCACAAGGGCAUACACUCUACGUGAGAAGCCUCAGACAUUGCCAUCGGCUGUGAAAGGAGAUGAGAAGAUGGGUGGAGAGGAUGAUGAACUCAAGGGCUUACUGGGGCUUCCAGAGGAGGAAACUGAGCUUGAUAACCUAACAGAGUUCAACACUGCCCACAAUAAGCGGAUUUCCACUCUUACCAUUGAGGAGGGGAAUCUGGACAUUCAGAGACCAAAGAGGAAGAGGAAGAACUCACGGGUGACCUUCAGUGAGGAUGACGAGAUCAUCAACCCAGAGGAUGUGGAUCCCUCAGUUGGUCGCUUCCGGAACAUGGUGCAGACUGCAGUGGUCCCAGUCAAGAAGAAACGGGUGGAGGGCCCUGGCUCCCUGGGCCUGGAAGAAUCAGGGAGCAGGCGCAUGCAGAACUUUGCAUUCAGCGGAGGACUCUACGGGGGCCUGCCCCCCACGCACAGUGAAGCCGGCUCGCAGCCGCACGGCAUCCAUGGGACAGCACUCAUCGGUGGCUUGCCCAUGCCCUACCCGAACCUCGCCCCUGAUGUGGACUUGACUCCCGUUGUGCCGUCAGCAGUGACCAUGAACCCUGCACCAAACCCUGCAGUCUAUAACCCCGAAGCUGUCAACGAACCCAAAAAGAAGAAAUAUGCAAAAGAGGCUUGGCCGGGCAAGAAGCCCACACCUUCCUUACUGAUUUGAUAUUUUUGGUCAUGGAGAAGGGUGGG